AUGAAGUCUCACUAUGAUAUUUCCAAUGGUUCCAUUGAAUUCACACCAGCAUCAUUUACUCUUGUGGGUAUCCCAGGAUUAGAAGCAAAGCAUUUCUGGAUAUCCAUCCCUUUCUGUCUAAUGUACAUCAUCAUCUUCAUUGGAAAUGGCAUCAUUCUUCACGUCAUCAGGACUGACACUGUUUUGCACCAGCCCAUGUACUUCUUUCUGGCCAUGCUGGCCUUUGUUGAACUCGGGGUUUCUGCUUCUACCAUGCCUACUGUGUUAGGCAUUUUCCUUUUUGGCAUUCAUUAUGUCAGUUUUGGUGGUUGUCUCCUCCAGAUGUUUUCCAUGCACUCUUUUACCCUCAUGGAGUCAGGUGUCCUUCUGGCUAUGUCUGUAGACCGCUUUGUGGCCAUUUACAACCCACUGCGGUACACAGCCAUCCUGACAAUUCCCCGCAUUACUGGGAUGGGUGCCACCAUUGCUUUACGAAGUGUGAUGCUCAUGUUACCACUGCUUUUUCUCCUGAAGGGUCUGCCUUUCUGUGGCCACAACACCCUCACACACUCUUACUGCCUCCACUCAGAUCUGAUUAAAUUGCCCUGUGCAGACACCCGUCCCAAUAGCAUACUGGGUCUCUUUGUCAUUACCUUCACAUUUGGGCUGGACUCAUUGCUCAUUGUGGUUUCUUAUGUGCUGAUUCUUCACACAGUAGUGGGAAUAGCUUCCGGGGCAGGGCGGUGGAGGGCACUCAACACAUGUGUGUCCCAUAUCUGUGCUGUGCUUGUGUACUAUGUUCCCAUGAUAAGCCUCUUUGGGCGGCAUUUACCUUCACUCCUCCAGACUGUCAUGGCCAAUGCAUACCUCUUCUUCCCACCUGUGGUCAACCCCAUUGUUUAUAGCAUUAAAACCAAGGAAAUUCGCAACAGCAUUGUUCGUACACUGUCUAGAAAGAGGGGUGAGGUCUAA